AUGGAGCUGGAAAACUUUGCGUUUCAGAAUGAGGAAGAAAUCGAUUUGUACAUGGAGUAUCUUAAGACCCUGGAGCAACUCAGUGAGUUCAAUUUGACUGAGUCGCACCAUGCUCCCCGAGAUCCUUCUGAUGUGGGACAAGGCGCCAGCAACGAAGGCCAGGGUGAUCUGAGCAGCCUGGCUGAGAAGUGGGGCAUCAACACUCCACAUGGGACCUCUGUGGCAGGUGAUCCUACGCCUGUUUGGGUAGCUGAGUCGAUGCCAUAUGCCCAUGACAAUGCUGACACCCAAGCCGAACUGGUUCCAUCGGCGGAACUGGUCAAUACGAUCGAGAACCACAUGGCUUUGGCCAAGGAAGAUAAAGCUCUUGCUGCUCAUGUUGGGGGUUCGACUGACCAUGAUGCUGACAACAUGACCAACAAUGGUGAAGGUAGCACGGCCCCACAUACCCAAAACUCAGAAGCCCCAUGUUUUCCUGAAGUGCCAGACACAGCCCUCACCAGGCGAAAUCAAUUUCGGAUGAAGAGAACCAUCAAGGAAGAGAAGGAGCAGAAAAAGGCACAGAAAGGAAAGGGCAAAGGAAAAGGCAAGGGAGGAAAGGGACGAGGAAAAGGCAAGAGAGGAUCAAAAGGAAAAGGUAAAAGCAGCAAGAAGCAUGCAAAGACCAACAAGAAAGCCAACAAGUUGCGCAACUCCAAGCGUAGGUCAGCCAGAAAGGCCAAAGCAAGGAGAGCAGCCUUAGCGAACAGAAACCGCAGCUUGAGCGACAGCAGCAGUGAAACACAGGGCCCUUGUGAUGCUGAAGAACAUACACUCCAGGAGACACAUGCAUCCUAUCGAGAGCAAGCCCAGCAGCCGGAGCAAACACAUGACCAAUCUCACAGCAAUUCCACUGGCAAACCUACGAAGAAAUCUUCCAACAGCAAGGGAAAGAAUCGUAAGACAACCGAGACCAGCAAGAAGAAAAGCAAGGUUUCCAAGGUGUCCAAGGUUUCCCGCUCUACCCGCCAAAAGAGUGGUGGCACUGAUGAGGUUCAUCCCCAGGCAGCCCGCCCAAAGGCAAAGGCAAAGGCAAAGGCGAAGACACAAGCAAAAAGCAGAGCACGCAAAGCCCGAGUUCCAACGGCCCCAGCUCAGGAUCCAGCUGACGUGAGUUUAGGGCCAGAGCCAGCUGAAGUGGCUGAACCGGUUGUGGCGGCUGAGCCAGUUGCACAGCCAGCCAUGGCUGGGAAUGUUGUGGGGGUUGACCAGGAUGAGGUGGGUUCAGUGGUGGCUGAGGCAGGUGAUAAUGUGACGGGCCCCUUGGUUGAUGAGUUCCGUGCAAAGGCAAAGUCUAUGUACACGAAGUGCCAUGUCCCCGGACAUCCGGGCUGUGUCUCUGACCAUUUGGGUGAAGAGAUGCCCCAGGCUGAUGGAUUUCAAUUCAGUGUCUAUUGGUCCCGGAAGGCAGUUGGGGUCAAGAUCUUGGAAUCCCUCCUCAGGAAUAGCCUUCGCAAAGGCAAAAAUGCGUAUCAACAGAUUGCUUACUUCAGUGGGGGCACCUGUUCCCAUGUGAACAUCGAAGCUGCACGUGUUUAUGUCCAGGAGCUUUCGCAGCAGAUGAAUGCACCCAAUGGUCCUGACCCAUCAUCAGCUUCGAUGCGGGCAUUUGCAGAUUCAUUGAAGAGUGCGAGGGCACAGGCUUUUCGUGAGGUGACUGACCAACAAACUGAGUGA